AUGUUUCUGUUAACUGAGUCUAGUCUCAAGACGAGCCUCGGUGCCAUUCUUUUCGGAGGACUGGUCUGUGCGGGGCUCUCCGGAAUUGUUGGGAUGCAGACUAUUCUUUAUUUCCGUCUGUUCAGCCGGGACUCAACGUCUACGAAGGUCAAGGUCGCUGUGGUCUUUGUCUUGGACUUCCUGCAUUCGAUCAUGAUCGCCGCAGCGAACUACAUGUACUUUGUCAGUCAUUUCGGUGAGGAUGAUGUAACAGAUCAAGUAUUCUGGACAAUUGGAGUCUCGAUAGCUUUGACAGCUGUAAUCACCGUCUGUGUGCACUUGUUUUUCUCCAUGCGCCUGUUCAAACUCAGCAAGGGCAACUAUUGGAUUACCGCGCCAAUCACCAUCCUUGCCGUCGCACGAGUAGUCGCUGCGUUCGUUACCGCUGUUGAGCUGCAAGUCUGUCGAGCGAUCCGUUUGAAAAGCUUCUCCGAAUUUGGGCUUCGCUUCCGAUCGGUCUUCACGCUCGGCCUCGUGCUCUCCUCCGUCGUGGAUGUGCUGAUCACGGCCGGACUCUGCUACUUUCUGCGGAGACACCGGGGCGGCACCGGCAGAUUCGACCACAUUCUGAACGCGGUGACGUUAUACACUAUCGAAAACGGACUCCUCACCUGCGUGACGACGCUGAUUUCCUUGAUUUUCUGGCUAGUCAAACCCGACGAGCUCAUCUACUUGGGUCUUCAUUUCGCUAUCAGCAAGCUAUACGCCAACUCAUUCCUUGCUUCCAUGAACGCACGCAAGGGCCUCUUGGCACAGUCUCAGUCUCAGUCCACGAGCGGACACCGCUUACCGGUGAUCUUUCCUAGCACUCAGCACGGACUAGGUGCGCGUUCGAACGCCGAGCAGCUCGACCUCGGGGCGGGCACAAGAGUGCACAUCACCGUGGACAAGACGGUUGACUACACCCCGGAUAUCCACGACACCGCGUCGUCGGAACGGUUAUCGACGGACCAAAAAGGUGUUGGUAUGUCUCACUCAUGA